CUGUCCUUGGGGCUGUCAAAGAUAUAAACGUCUCCCGUCCCCGGAGCUACCUAACGUACACCACUGCUUCCUACUUUAAAAAUCCGUGUUUCUUCAAGAACGACGAUAUUUAACUAUAACUACCGACAUCAGAAAUAUUUACAGUAACAAUAACAAGUUCAAGGACAUUCAUAAUCAACAUAAACUUUUCGAGUCGAGCCUGCCAGCCUCUCGACUUAUACACCGAAGGUCGUUGCCUACUGCGCUUCUGCAUUAACUCAACUCAACCCCGGGUCCCGUUGACACAACAACCUUCCCUGAGAAGCUUUUUGUGCCCUUAGCUGCAGCAACGCAGGACACAAGAAACUUAUAUAUAAUAACUGCGGGCAUACACAUCCUGCACGUCUCAAUGACUCUACCCAUUUCGCCAAUUUCUUGCUCGUCAAGUGGGCAUAUAAAAGAGGCUCCCUCGCCGCUUCCAAGAUCGUUCAGAGUCGUGCCUACCAUCAUUGCUCCAUUACAAACACCUCCGACUUUCGGUCAACGCCACCAAACCUUUGGACACCUGCCUCCAAUUGUUACAGACAACAUUCACACACUAUCUCCCCCACAUUAUCAUCAGGAUUUCAACAUGCCUUCGCCUAGACAAAGCGCAUCACGAGCCCCUUCCAAGAAGGGCACCUGGACGGAAGCCGAGGACAAGGCUCUCCAGGAGGCAAUCCGUGCCCGCGGUGGACCUUAUGAGUGGGUUCAGAUCUCAAACGCCAUGGGCGGCGCCAGGACACCAAAGCAGUGCCGUGAGAGGUACCACCAGAACCUCAAGCCGUCAAUCGAUCACAGGCCCAUUACCGAGGAGGAGGGUCGCCAAAUCAUCGAGCUGGUCAACCUGAAUGGCAGGCGCUGGGCCGAUAUCGCCAGAACACUUCACAACCGCACCGACAACUCGGUCAAGAACUGGUGGUGUGGUCGCCAGAACAAGCUGAAGAUGGCCGAGAAGAAGCAGAUGGCACAGAGGAAAGCUGAGCAAGAUGCCAAGGCAGCAGCAAAGAUGGCAUCAAUCGGUACUGGUCAGCGCUUCCGCAUGCCCGACGUGCCUAGGGUUGACCCUCGGGACAUUGCCGGUCAGAUGCCUCUCCCUGGAUCCUCGAGCUACAGUCACCCUCAGGAGCACGAAUUCCCCCAGAUCCAUCAACGCCGCUAUGGCCAGACGCUUCAAGAGUACCAAGAUGAGCGCCGAUACAGAUACAGUGGCAACCACCAGUUCAACAACCCUUCGUCCCCCGGCGAGCAGAGCUGGGCUUUUUCGAACAACGGACGCCCGGUUUCUCGCGAGUCGCUUCCGUGCUUGACCCACGAGGUGGAGUCGGUCUGCACCGACGAGGCGAGGUCACCCGCCAGGCUGCCUAGCAUCCACUCCUUGGCACCUUCGCCCAUCAUCAGCCACGAGAGCCGGAGGAACUCGUACCACGAGGGGCUCCCCCCUCUGUCACCCAUCUCCAAGCAGUGGCAAGAUAGUAGCGAGAGCUACCGCCCCAACGUGAAGGCCAUCAAGGCCAAAGCUUCAGCCAAGAUCUCGAUCGCCUCCAUCAUGAACUAAAUGUUUGUUUAUUUCAAGCAUUUCAUCUUUGAUUGUCUUGACACAGCAGUUGAAAAGUCCACGCGAGUCGAUCCGAAAACAAAAAAAACUACCACAAAAAAAAGAAACCAAGAAAGGAAAACAAAAAAAAAAGUUGCAAUGUAACAACAAAAAGUAUGGUCACUUAUAUCUUCAUCAUUAAUAUCUCUUGCACUCGACACCAACCGCAAUCAGAACUCAACAACACGCCAUCAAAGGCAACAACGGUAGUCAUAAUCUGACUCUACAACGAGGGUCACCUACCAGCAUCAUUCAUUUGAUCGCGUGUGCGGCAUGUUUCAUUACAGCCGCUUUUUUUUCCUUUAUUGUUUGGCCAUGUCCCCCCAUCGGGUUUGACUCGGUUUCCAUUUUCAGGGUUUCUUUUUCUAUUCCUCUAUCCAUAACAUUCACUUAUUCAUCCAUUCAUUCAACCGUCACAUAUGGGCUUCCAGCGCGGAGUUGGAUAUAGGAAAGCGUUUUGUAUUUUGUAUUUUGUAUUUUUUUUAUCUUAUUACGGCGGCGUAGGGGCGGCUUCUCUUUUCCCCCUUUUUUCUUUUUACAAAGCAAAGGGGCCCCUUCAAGGAGUAUCGGGGUCGGGUUGAUGGGUUUUCUUUUUUGUUUAUUUCUUCAUUCUCGCACAUAUACCCCUACAGGCGACGAACCGGACAACAGGCAAAAAGUUGGGGAGAACAAAGGAAAGGGACGCGCGCAGUUUUAAUAUUUUACCUACAAAAGUCGUCGGCGAGGCCCGGCUCUGCGAAAUAGUAUAAUAGUAACAAAUACCACAAAGCAACCAAGAGAUCAGUAAGAAUCACAUGGUUCGUCACUCUUUAC